AUGUCGGAUCAAGAAUCAUCAUCUACACAACCCCCUUUGUCUGAAAAACCAUCUCGGAAGAAGCUUACUGAUGAAGAAAAAAGAGAGAUUCUUCGGAAAAGAAGAGCCGAGAAAAUCAAAGGAAAUGAAGAAUCAAGAAUGCAAAAGCUCAUGUAUGGGGAUUCGGUGAUGAUGUCUUCCUCUACAACAGAAAAUCCAACUGUAAAUAUUAAUACGAAUGAUGAAGCUGGGAAACAAACUUCUGUAUGGACAUCACCAGCCGACUCUCAAGAUAUUUCAAAUAGGCACCCAUCGUCGACACAAGUAACUAAUGAAAUCAAUAUGCAUUCUCCUUCAUUCAAUCUUCAUGAUCCAAAAACCAUUCAUCAAGAAACGAAAGAGUUUACACAACCCAUUGACUUUUCAAAUUUAAUUCCAGUUAUUCAACCAAACCAAGAGGAAUCGAGAAGAGGCGACCUACAUUUGGACACAAUUCAAGUCAAUCCAUCUAUUUUUUCAAGAGGAAGGCCAAGUACCUUCCAAAGAAUUCGCCCACUGCUUGUGUUACUACUUUCUGUUUUCUGUGCCCUCUCAUUCAUAAUUAAUAAUGAAGGGGUGUCAAUUUCCACAAAUUCCAACGCAAACAUUCAGAAUGUUGUAGAGCAAGUUUUUGCGUUGUCCAACAAAGUGACACCACUUGCAGUAAUUGUAACUUUUGAAAUUGCUCUAUUACUGCCAAGCUUGGUUUUUGGACAAUCUGUUUUAUCAAUGAGCACUGAUACGGCACUAGAUACUUUUCUAUUUGCAAAAGGUGUAUGGGCAUUGUUGAAUAUCCUUAUUUCUGAUGUCAUCCUUUUCGUUUUCAUCUAUAUUGUUUCACUGUCCAUUCACAAUAUUUACAAGAAUUAUGAAUAUUCAAGGAACAUGUUCAGUACCAUUAUGGAGCCAUUCACAGACAUUCCUACUGUGUUAUGGAAUCAAUUACAACAAAUAUUUUCUAAAGAUGCCAAAUAG